GAUUGGAAUUUGGGAAAAACUUGGUAUGGAAAUAAUGCUGAAAAAAGUGUAUGUAAUAAAUUGAAUAAAUUGCUUGACAAGUAUCAAGAGCAAAUCAAGAGAAGAAACAACACCCAACAAUUUACGGAGUAUGUAAAAUCUCUGGAAACAAUUGUUUACAUUGGAACAUGUAAAUGCGAUUUGAAGGCAGCUCCAUGUGCAUGCGGCUGGGUUCCCGAACGCCUCAAAGAGUUCAUGCACGAUCAACAUAAUCAGAGUAGACUAACAAUGAAUGCAUUUAUGAUGGAAACUGAAGAGCAAGGAGCAACGUCUAUGUCAUCAAUGCCAACAUACCAAGAUCCCGAUGAUUCAACAUACGCACCGCCACCGGUUCAAGAAGAUAUGGAUAGAAGCACAAGUUCACAAUACACAGAGAGAUACGAUUGUUUUAACUUUGCCUCGGUAUGUGACAGAUUUGGUGUGCCUGACAGAGUAGCAUCAGCAUUGGGAACCGCUCUUUUGCAAGAUUUUAAAAUUAAAGAUAAUCAUGGGAAACCUCUUAUCAUGGAUAAAUCGAAAGUUCGCAGAGAAAAAGAAAAAUGCAGACAAGAAGUGCUUCGCAAACGGUUAGAUGAUACCAAUUUGUUAGCGUUUUCAUUCGAUGGCAGAAAAGAUGACACUUUAACAAUAGAUAAAAUUAAUGAGAAGUAUCAUACUAGGAUGGUAAAAGAACCUCAUCUUGUUAUUUUGAGAGAACCCAAUUCUGAAUUGAUUGGUUACGUAAAACAUAAAAGACCAUUGCAUUGGUUUAUGUGGCAAUAA